CAAGACAUACUGGUGCCGCUUUCAAUCAUUCCUGUCUUAAGGUACCCAUUAAUCCCACAAACAAAUUACCGUUGCCUACAUUCGAAAGAAAACGAGUGUCAAAUUAUUUCGAGAAUGAUCAGAUCAACAGGGAAAUAUCAAGUCGAGAUACAACUCAAAGCUUUGAAAUUGUUUCUGGUGCAGAUGGACCUUCUUCAGACUCUAAAGAAGGCCUCUCAAAGACGUUGAUACCUCAAGACAAUGCAAAGUACGCAUUAAAAACUAUGGGUGAAUCUACAAACACACAGUCUCUAAAAUCAUUUAUUGAUUUUUAUGAGAGUAUUCCAGAUUAUGGAGAUUUAAUCCAUUUAUCUGACAGAGAAUUCUAUGUAAGACUUCAGUACUUAAAAGCAAAACAAAAAACUUAUUUAAGAGAUUUAGAUGACAAGAGUAUUUAUGUGCCUGAAGUGGACGAAGAUAAUAAAGCAAACACUAUAAAAACUCUGGAGAAGACUUCUGGAUCAUCUGAAACAUGGUUGAAACAUUACAAUGACAGUUUGAAUCUUCAAGGCAAAAAGUGUGACUUAGAUGACAAAAGCCUUGUUCCAGCUUCUCUUGGAUAUUCGGCAGAGCUGAAAAAAUAUGCACAUCCAGGUGAUGGUAAUUUAUUUCGGGAUAAAUUGGACAGCAAAAAGUACAUAUCUCCAUCUCCAACAAUUUCUGCAGUAUCUGUGGAAGAUUCAGAUAAAAUUAAUAGAAAAAGCAAUCCAAAGCCUACAAUUCAGCUGAACAACUAUAUACUGGACACUGAAGAACCAGAAGGUGUGUCAAGAAUUGGCUUGAUUACCAAUAAAUCUAGUCACAAAGAAAGUAAAUUUAAAGACUCUCAGCCCCAACAUGACUUAUACAAAAUCAAAGAAAAAAAGCAAAAUGGCACUAACAAAAUUAGAGAUACACAUUUUUCGUCUGCCAAUGAAGAAUCAACGUUGCUAGUUGACAGCUCAAAAUCCAUUAUUGACAGUUUAUGGGAUGAUUUCAGAACUGAUCACUAUAUACCCAAAUCGGAAUUGUUUUCUGAUUCAGAUAGUGGGCAAGAUGAUGCAUUAGAUUUAGCAGUUUCACACAGUGUAUCAAAUAGUCCUGUUUUAAAACAAAACAAAAAUGUUGCAUGGCGAGAACCUAAGAUCACAGUUCCAAAACCGUUCAACAUGACACUGAGUUAAGUGAGCAUUUUAUGCUACUACAUGUGAUGGAAUCCAACAUGGGAAGCUGAUUUCUGUGGACACAGUCCAGUCACACUUCAACAUAGUUUUUCUUUAUUUAAAUGAAAAUCUUUUUAAUAGAAUGAAUCAAUUCACAAUCUAAUACAAUUAUGCUCUGUAGGAUAGCUCGGUCAGUAUAGCAAUGGGCUACAGGCUGGAUAGUCCGGGUUAGAUUCCCGGCAGUGCAACAUUUUUCUCUUCUUCCCAGCUUUGGGGCACACCCAUCCCCAUAUCCAAUGGGUAUGAGAGGAUCUUUCCCCAGGGGUAAAGUGACAGGCGCGUGAAG